AUGACAACGGCCAAAAGGAGAGCCAAAGAGGUGAAGCCCAAGACCAAGACUUUUACGGGGUACUUUGCACGCUCCCUCCACGUCCUUUCUGUCCUUCACUCUCCUCAUCUGAUACUGACCCAGACCACCAACCUGAUAGAUGCUGGACAUGCCGAGGACGAAAGGUCAAAUGCGACUCCACACGUCCACAAUGCGGUCGCUGCAGGAGAGCUGGUUUAA